CGCCAUCAAACGUCAGCCAUGUCUCUCAAGGUGAUCCUCGUAGCGUGUGUGGCCGCGGUGGCUCUGGCUGAUAAGGCUCCAGUGUACCACCAACCACCUGUUUACGCCGCACCCACGUACCACGCUCCCGCCCCUUACAAGCAGCCGGAAUACCCAACUGCACCACCCAAAUACAACUACAACUACGGCGUCGCCGACGGUUACUCUGGCGCCAACUUCGGUCAUUCGGAAUCCCGAGACGGCUACAAGACCGAAGGCAGCUACACCGUCGACCUCCCCGACGGCCGCAAACAGAUCGUCAAGUACGUGGACAACGGCGACGGUCUUGUAGCUGAGGUCACCUACGAGGGCGAGGCUCAGUACCCCGAAUACAAACCCACCUACAAGCCCGCUCCCUACCACGCUCCCCCCAAGUACCCCGUGUACUAAGUCUGUACAUUCACGCUUCACUUACAUAUCAUCUCAUCUCUGACCUGCGUCAUUUCAUUUUCGAAACUGGGACACUGAGGCCGAGGCUAUGUGAUCCUACUUUAUACAUGGAGAUUUAUAAUAAAAUAUUUUCACUAGAA